CCCAGAUCGACAUAAACUGUCAAAAUUCAAGAGAAACGCGCACAGAGUUUACGUUUUCCCCGCGGAUUUUUGUUCUGCAGAUUGUUCUUGAAAUUAAUAUUUUAAGUGCUGUUAAAUACUUAAUCGAUAGCUUGCGAACAAUGGUUGAAAGAAUCGAAGAUCUGAAUCUGCCGAACGCGGUUGUGACCCGUUUGAUGAAGGACGCCCUGCCGUGCGAUGUGAAGAUUUCCUCCGAGUCGAGGACGGCUCUGACGCGCGCCACAUCCGUCUUUGUGCUGUAUCUGACGUCGGCAGCAACGGCUGUGGCCGACAAGAAAAAACAGAAAUGCCUCACCGUGGAUCACGUUUUGGCCGGCUUGGAAGAAAUCGAAUUCGACAGCUUCGUAGAUCCGCUAAAAAAAGAUCUGGAAAAUUAUCGCAAAACUAUGAAAAACAAAAAGGACAAAAAGGGCGACAAAACGGAGAAUGAAGAACCUAUGGAAGAAGAAACUGUGGAAGACUAGUAUUAUAUUAUAAAACAAACUCUUUUAAAUUACGAUAUGUUAUACGAAGUGAUGUAAGCUUAAUAAUUAAUAAAUUUUAAAAUUAA